GUGGGUUUCCGCACCCUAAAUAUACAGACCCUUCUGAAAAGAGAAGUAUCAGGAAAAAAGGGCAUUUUAAUAUUUUCUUCCAGCUCUACAUAUGAUGUGAUUUUAGUCACAUGUUUUUGUUUUUGAUAUUCGAGUGGGAUAUUUGAGAGGAAAGAGUAUGAAAUUGCUACUGUCGGUGACCUUAGCUGUUUUGUUACACCAUACUUUGUGUGAUACAGAAAUGGACCGUUCCAAAAAUGAAUGUCCUGGCAAUACGUUUGGAGUUCAGUGCCAUAAGUGUCAUUGUGUGACAGACUGUGAUAGACAUAAUGGGUCCUGUGCAGAAUGUGUGAAAGGAUGGCAUGGGACAAACUGUCAGAUGGAAAAUGUUGCCUUAAAAAAGAGGACGAGGGUAAGAAAAUAUGAUAAUAGUCUAGGAACAGACACGGUAAAUGGAAUGCGGAGAGACUGCAAUUUCUCAGUCAACCAUGCAAAGACAGUGAUGCGACUAGGAAUAGAGUUGAAUAAGUCAUUUAACAUAAAUGGUGUCACCAUUUUCACCCCAACAAACAUUACAAGAAAUGGCCAAAAUAAUAUGCAGGGAUUUGAAAUUGUCAUGUCAAAUACUAGUGACGUAGGAAGCAAUGUUUGCUAUAAUCAGACCCAGCUAUUCAGUGACAGUGGAAGAAUUGACACUUCCUGUCGAGGGUUAGCCAAAAAUGUGUUUGUCCGCAAGAGAUCACCUCCGUACUUUCUGUCCAUCUGCGAAAUUGAAAUAUACGUGUGCCAGGAGGGAUUUUGGGGGAAACAGUGUCAGAUCCCCUGUAACUGUGCCAAUAAGGAGAAAUGUGACCCUAACAAUGGAGUGUGUCGCGGGGGCUGCUACCCAGGAACCACCUGUAAAUCACCUCUCAGUGCACAAUAUGAUGGAGGUCUGUCUAAGGUGACAACAGACCCUGUCUCCACAAGCAAUGAAAGUGAACCAACCACUGAAGAUAAAAUGAGUACUGAAUCAAAUUCUAUAACCUCACCUAUAACCACUGCAAGCACUUCAACUGCAACAAGUGUGGCCACCACUGGAACAACCUCUGGUAGCAUGACAAGUGUGGCCACCACUGGAACAACCUCUGGUAGCAUGACAAGUGUGGCCACCACUGGAACAACCUCUGGUAGCAUAACAAGUGUGGCCACCACUGGAACAACCUCUGGUAGCAUGGCCACCACUGGAACAACCUCUGGUAGCAUAACAAGUGUGGCCACCACUGGAACAACCUCUGGUAGCAUGACAAGUGUGGCCACCACUGGAACAACCUCUGGUAGCAUGACAAGUGUGGCCACCACUGGAACAACCUCUGGUAGCAUAACAAGUGUGGCCACCACUGGAACAACCUCUGGUAGCAUGACAAGUGUUGACACAACCUCAGUGGAAAGUGAAACCACAGCCUCUAUGGUGAGUGCCAGUGUGACCGAAGACAAAAAUGUCACUAGUGAGAUAACAACUGGUGAAAGUUUUCCUACUUCUGAGCUUCAGACCACAUUCCUAGUAAGUGAUACCACUAAUGUGGCUUUCACGGUCAGUAAAAGUACAAGCACAGAAAAUCAAGAAACCACCACUGGAAGUCACACCACCACCACAAAUAGUGAAAUUACCACAUCUAGUAAUCAAGUAACUAGUGCCCCGAGUUUGGCUACGACUACUGAAGAUGGGACUGCAUCAACCAGUGGAAUUGAAACGUCUAGAAGUCAGAUGACAACAGUAGCAACAACAACUAGUUUUCCUAUCACCACAGAAAGGAGUGUAACGACACCAACAGAGACUACUGCCUCAGAAGUAACCACAACCUCUGAUGUCAGCGUAAGUCCCACUGAUGGCAUUCUGACGACAGCAAUCUCAGCGGACACCCCAAAAGGAAGUCAGUCUACCUCAGCUGAGUUAUAUAUAGUGUCUGCCACAUCAGUUACAUCUGAUGAAUCUCUGAUGACAGAAACGUCAACAUAUACAUCCACAAUGGAGCAAACAACAAGUUCAACAAUUGGUAUGUCUGAAACUACAGCAUCAUUUGAGAAACCAUCAGAGUCUACAACAAUGGAAACUUCAAGUACUUCUCUCACUGAGGAAACAAGUGCUUCUAGUGUGUCUGUAAUACCAUCAGCUUCGACAUCAGAAUCAAUGACAAUGUUGUCCUCAGAAUCUACAGUUUCAGCUUCAUCUUUAACCUCACCCCAGUUGUCACUAUCAACAACAGGAGUUAUAAGUACAGAGGUGAUAGACACUAAUAUGACAACUUCAGAAGCACCUUCUACCACUUCUGAAACAAUGAAGUCUUCUGAAUCAGCAACACAAUUAUCUGAAUCAACAACACAGGUAUCUGAAUCAACAACACAGUCUUCUGAAUCAACAGCACAGCCCUCUGUGUCCUCAACUGUUACAAAAACCUUUUCUGUACAUUCAACAUCAGAAGAGAUCACUGGCCUUACUGGGGCAACUGACACCAGUCAAUCAACUACGGAAGUCCCAUCCUCUCAUGGAUCAACCACACAACAAACAGAAUUCACAAGCACACGACAAACAGAGGUCACAACCUCACGACAAACAGAGGUCACAACCUCACGAAGUCCAACAACUCAAAUAACAGAGAGAACAACAAGUUCAGGGCCAACAUCACGACCAACAGAAAGAACAACAGGUCCAACUACACAACAAAGCAGUCAGACAACAACAGUUGCAUAUAACACAACAGCGCUGCCACCCAUUUCCUCCACAACAAUGGGGACCCUGCCAGUGCCCACAGGACCAAAUGAAGUGAGUGCGAGUCCCUUGGUGGCCAUUUUAGUUUCCUCCCUCCUGGUGGUUUUCCUCAUUCUGGCUGUAGUAUUCUCAAGAUAUUUAUUCCUAAAGAAAAGAAAUCGUCAGAAAAUUUCAGAUGAAGAAAUAGCAAGCAAUGAUAUUGAUAUGGUGCCAUUAACUCCAAUUCAUAAUGGAACCAAUGGUGUUUUGAUAAAAGAAGACUUGGAUGACUCCCUCCCCUAUGUAUAUGAUAAGGAUGGAGACUUGAUAUAUGCAGGGGGACCACAGGGGUACCCCAUACCAGUCAAAGACAUUCAAAGUCAUGUCAUUAAGCUCCAGGAAGAGAACCAGUUUUUUUCUGACUACAAGAGUCUACCAGAUGGAAUGUUUUUACCUACAAAGGAUAGUAACCUAGAUGACAACAUGCCCAAAAACCGAUAUACAAAUAUGCUGGCUUAUGAUCACUCCAGAGUUAAAUUAAAAGGUUUACCUGCUGGACAUACAGAUUAUAUUAACGCAAACUAUAUUGAUGGCUUUAAGAAAAAGAAAGCAUACAUUGCAACACAAGGCCCACUGAAGAAUACAACAUCAGAUUUCUGGAGUAUGAUCUGGCAAGAGGGUGUCAAGAAAAUUGUCAUGGUAACAAACCUCAAGGAAAAGAAUAGGGUCAAAUGUUUCCAGUAUUGGCCCCAGGAAAAGAAGUUCAUGACCUGUUACAACUUGAGGGUAACCAUGGAGUCUGAGCACGUCUUCCCGGUGUUUGUCCUCAGAAAAAUCAAGAUUACUAAUACAAAGACUGAUGACGUUCGGUCAGUGACACAGUACCAUUUUACAGCUUGGCCAGACCAUGGUGUUCCAGAUGCCUUCCAGCUUCUACAGUUCUAUCGUAAAGUCACUGGAGGUAGCACAGAAUAUGAUGCACAGCCUGUCGUUGUACACUGCAGUGCUGGUGUAGGAAGAACGGGCACCUACAUCGGUUUGGAUGCCUUGUGGAAGGAGGGAUGUGAGACUGGGUCCAUAGAUAUUCUCAGUUUUGGCAAGAUUAUGAGGAAAAACAGAACAAAGAUGAUUCAGACUCUGGAUCAGUACACCUUCCUACAUUUCAUUUUGAUGGAGGCAUUUUCCAAUCGUGAUGCUGCAAUACCAGGAGGUAUGAUUGCCAACUUCAAAGGGAUGCAGGAUCCUAAAGUCACGCAAAGAAUCAAUGCAGAGUUUGAGAAAUUGAACACAUUGCGACCCAAAUACCAGACAACAGACUACCAAGAUGCUCUCCAUUCAGAUAAUAAAUCUAAAAAUAGGUCACAAUUGAAUCUUGCAGUUGAUAAUUAUCGUGCCCGUUUGCCCUCCAACCUUGUGGAGGACUCAGAUUACAUCAAUACUGUGAUAAUGCCCUCAAUUUGGAACAGGGAAGGAUAUCUGAUGACACAGUACCCCCUGCCCUCCACCAUUUCAGAUUUCUGGUCCAUGGUUCUUGGCUACCAGUGUUCCUCAAUAGUUCUUCUGGAUGACUCAAAAGAUUAUGAAGAGAACUUCUACCCAGUUCUACAGCAGACAUCAGAAUGGGGUCACUUGGUGAUACAGACGACGGCUGUCUCAGAGCCCCAGGACUGUGUCACAGAGACCACAGUUACCCUCACCAAUACGCAAGAUGCCAUUGACAAUGAUGAAGAAAUAGAGAAUGAAACUGAGAUGGAAGUGAAGAUUUUUACGGGUCAUGGUUGGAGUUCAUCCAGUGAACUGCCCAAUGUACAGAAUCUGCUACACUGCUUACAUUACGAAGUCCAGAAACGUCAGACCAAACUGGGAGAACAGAAACCAGUAGUUGUUAUAUGCAGGGAUGGAGGUAAACAGAGUGGAUUGUACUGUGCAGUGUGUAACAUUCAAGAUGGCAUUGACUGGUACAAUGAGAUCAACAUUUAUCACAAUGUCCGGCAGCUUCAGAUCAGGAAACCAGAAAUCAUAACAUCAAAGAAUCAGUACCAGUACUGUUACCAAGUAGCGUUCAGGUAUUUGGAUUCUGGUAAUGUUUAUGAGAACCAUGGAUCCACGGAGGACGAAAUACGAGAGUCAGAUUACGCCAACAUGGGAGAGUUCCGAUCGUCUCUAAAAAAGGACCCCUUGGUGAAACAAGGAGCAAAAGGUCAAAAGAAAGGAACUGUUGAUCAGGGAGGUGAGUUGUACGCUAAUGUGAGUGAUUUGAGAGUGUUCGACGACCCUUUCGAUGCACCCAGCAAUACAGAACUACUGACAACAAUAUGAGACUCCUUUCUUUGGAUAAGCAUCUGUGUUGCACCAUUGUAUACAUGUAUAUGACAAGCAAGACUUGUCCCAGGGGAGAAAUUAGAGACACGUUUAGAAGAUAAGUUUAUCAUCUCCACGGAACACACAAAUCAACAGUGGUUUAAAGGGUGAAGAUUUCUUUACAUAUAUAUUCACUGUGCAUCCAGUUUUAUAUUUGACUCUUAAAUAUUUGUUUAACAUUCCCAGUAGAAUUUAUCUUUUCACGAUGUACAUGUAUUUAUUUUUAGUUACAUUUGUUAUAGUAUGCAACAGUAAUGAAAAGACUUACUGGUAUUUUAACAUGUAUAUAUACACAACUACUUAGUACUUUGAAUAACUUGCUUAUUGAGAAAGUAAUACACUGUACAUGUUUUAGGAAUGCAACAACAUAUUCCGUGUUUAUGUUUUUUGGAAGAAAUUAUUUUGUUGCAUUUCUAAACUGAUACAUUAUUAGUAACCCUUUCAUAUUCAUACCUACAAAUCUACUCACAAACCAAGUUUAUACCACAGAUUAUUUUUAAUGAAACAUUUCAUAUCGGGGGGGGGGGGGGGGGGGGGGGGGGCUACUAAACAUGCAAUUUUCAAAUGCCAUUAAUGUAUCAUAACAUAUGUUUAUCUAUUUAAUAAAUGUGCAAUUUCUGCUUAGUGCAAUAUUUUGAUAGUUCAUUCCUUAAGGUGGCUCAGCACUAAAUGACCUCUACAUGUACGGUAUAUAUUGAAUGUCAAUUUGACUCUGGUACAUGUCACCUAUUUGAUUAGGAGUUGACAAGCUUCUGGGCAUAUUGAAUUUACAAAACAUUUAAUGAUCCUAAAGCAGGCAUCAUUUAAUGAUCUAGCUUUUGCCUUAAUCCAGAGAAAUUCACUAGCUUCCUAAUGGAAACUUCUGCAAGAGAUACGAUUUCUUGGGAAUGUGAAAAGUGGUUGUAAAAUUUCAACAUUCUUAUUAUAGACAGCAUACUUGUGUUACAGGAGAGAGAGAGAGAGAGAGAGAGAGAGAGAGAGAGAGAGAGAGAGAGAACCAGUUGAAAUGUUCAUAUAAACAUGGUCACACAUAGCAUUUGUUGCAAAGAGUGAAUUGACCGUAAUUUGCUAUUUGUUGCCUUUUGGUCUUCACUCGAAUGAAAAGCACAAUAGAUGUGUGUUUCUCCAUAUUCUAAUGUAGAAAGAAAAUUACUCAAUUUGCAAUUUUUAAAAUAUGUGUCAUUGCAAGUGUUAGAUUUAAUUAAAUAUCUCGAUAUAUUUCUAUCCAUAAAAUAUCCCGAUGUCCUUAACUGCCCACUUUCUUUUGUCUACAUGUAUUUUGCACCCAAGAUAAAUGCUUUUGAAAGCAUAAAAUUUGUUUGGGGUAGUGUUGAGCUACCUUUGAUAAAAUACUUAUACAUUGAAGAUUGUUAUGCUUUAUAAUUCACGAGAAAUCCUGUUGAUCAUGUAUAAUGGCAUUUUGUAAAAGUUAUAUACAUGUAUAUUGAGACAUUGUUAUUUCUGUUUAUAGAUUGCAUUUAUUACUGUAGUGAAUGUUUAAUUGUUUUGUCACUUAAUGUGCCAAACUGAUUAAAGACAAAGAUCUUCCAUAAUAAAUCUUGCAUACUUUU